GCGUUUCCCGCCGGAGCGCUGCGGCGGCGGCGCGCGGGGCGCUUUAGCGGGCGCACCGCGCGCAGAGGUUGCCUGAAGGGCUGCGGCGAUGGCGGCGCUGGGCCGUCUGCGGCUCCCCGCGCGCGGCGUGCUGGGCUGGCGGCCCGGCUCCCUGAGUGCCGUGCCCGCUCAGCUGCUCCAUCAGACGGCGGCCGAUGGCGCUGACAGCUCUGUGCAGGUGCAGAAGAGCUCUGCUGUUGUCCAGAGGAAAUCCUACCUCCCCAGCAGCCGCGGCGAGUACGUCAUCACCAAGCUGGAUGACCUGGUCAACUGGGCACGGCGGAGCUCCCUGUGGCCCAUGACCUUCGGGCUGGCGUGCUGUGCCGUGGAGAUGAUGCACAUGGCAGCCCCCCGCUACGACAUGGAUCGCUUCGGGGUCGUGUUCCGCGCCAGCCCGCGCCAGGCCGACGUCAUGAUCGUGGCAGGGACCCUGACCAACAAAAUGGCCCCGGCGCUGCGCAAGGUCUAUGACCAGAUGCCGGAGCCUCGCUACGUGGUGUCCAUGGGGAGCUGUGCCAAUGGUGGGGGCUACUACCACUACUCCUACUCCGUGGUGAGGGGCUGCGACCGCAUCGUGCCCGUGGACAUUUAUGUGCCAGGCUGCCCACCCACAGCUGAGGCUCUGCUCUACGGGAUCCUGCAGCUGCAGAGGAAGAUCAAGCGGGAGAGGAGGAUGCAGAUCUGGUACAGGAAAUAGCCUUUAUUUAUGUCCCCUCACUGUCCCGGGCACUGCUCACAGCUACGCACAAAUCCGGCUCCUCACACGCCUUCCAAUAAAACUCUACCUGUC